GAAAAGAAAAAGGGGGCUUGGGAACACCUGUCAUUGAAGAAGUACAUUGUUGAUAUUGUGGUUGAAAACUCUGUUCCAGCAGAACCUGUAAAAGAUGGAGAGGAAAAGCAAAAAACUAAAAAGAAAGCCAAGAAGCUAAAAGCACGGAUGAACUCCAGGGCUAAGGAAUAUGAAAGUUUAAUGGAAGCAAAGAAUCCCACCUCUGACUCGCCAUACAAAGCGAAGCUGCAGCGAUUAUCAAAAGAUCUUCUAAAGCAGCUUCAAGUACAAGAUAGCAGCUCAUUGGCAAACAACAAGGUUUCUGCUCUAGACAGGACUUUGGGAGAGAUCUCUCGUAUUCUGGAAAAAGAGAACAUGGCAGAUCAGAUCUCAUUUCGGGUCGCAGGAGGACUGACAGCUCUUGAACACAUUCUUCAGAUAGUGAUGUCUUCUACAAAUCUGAAUGCAGUUUCACGGAUUCCUGUUAAGUCACUCUGCAAUACAGUACAUGCUUACAACCUGACCUGCAGUAAUUGUAUAGAAAACUGCACCUAUAUUCUUUUUAGUAACAAGAUAACUUUUUUAAUGGACCUGUUGAUGUAUCAGUUAAUGGUUUAUGUUCCAGAUGAGUUUAAUGCCAUAUUAGGAAGAAGUGCAAAUAAGCAAGUAUUUGAAGGUUUGACAACAGGACUUCUCAGGAUCACUGCUGUAGUUUUUGAAUGCCUGAUCUCUACUCUACCAGAUGGGAACAACCAGUCUGCCUUACCAAAAAUAAUACAGGAUGUGAAAAACAAACCUUCACAAGUUGAGGCUUUUAACAGCAGGAUCCAGGACCUGAUCAGUUAUGUGGUGAAUAUAGGAUUGAUAGACAAAUUACGCUGCUGUUUCCUCUCAGUCCAAGGCCCUAUUGACGAGAAUCCCAAAAUAGCUACUUUUCUGCAAAAUGCUACAGCAGUUUUACAUGGAAUGUGUCGACUGUGCUUUGCUGUUAAUGGAAGGUCUUGGAACAUAUUUGACAAUACACGUCAGGAUCCCACAGGGCUAACUGCAGUUCUUCAGGCUACAGAUCUGGUUGGAGUCUUGCAUAUGCUAUACUGUAUUCUUUUCCACGGAACAAUUUCAGACUCAAAUACAGCAAGUCCUAAAGAGAGUUAUGCAGAGAACACAAUCCAGGUUGCUAUUCAGAGUUUACGCUUCUUCAAUAGCUUUGCAGUUCUUGAUCUGCCAGCCUUUCAGUCUGUUGUAGGUGCCGAGGGACUUUCCCUUGCAUUCCGCCAUAUUAUCAGCUCUUUGCUGUCAUACUGUUCCCAGCACACCUGUGAAGGAUUGCUCCAUGAAGUCAUUGUUUGUGUUGGAUAUUUUACUGUAAACCACACAGAUAAUCAGGUAAUUGUACAAUCUGGUCGUCACCCCACAGUGCUGCAAAAGCUAUGCCAGUUGCCUUUCCAGUAUUUCAGUGAUCCUCGCCUAAUCAAAGUGCUCUUCCCUUCACUAAUAGCUGCUUGUUACAAUAACCUGCAGAACAAGAUCAUUCUGGAGCAGGAGAUGAGUUGUGUUUUACUUGCCACAUUUAUUCAGGACUUUGCACAGAGUUCAAGCCAAAUGGAUAACCAGUCUUCUCAACCACGGGAAAAAUUCUUCAGUUCCCACGACUAUCUUGAGCUGUCUAACAGAUUCCCUCGCCAGGCCUGGGAAGAAGCGUGGCAGUUCUUCUUGAAAAAAUAAGUGUGGUUUUGUUUUCAUUUUCAAAAAAUCUUACAUUUUAAUGUUAAGCAGUUUGUUAAGUACAUUCUUUAAGAAUCUGUUCUGGAAACAUUUCGGUAUUCUAAAUACUUAUGGUGUAGAUAUAUAUAUAAUUUGCACUAUUUAUAUCAUAAGUACAUUACUUUAAAAUGUUGUCUUGUAAUUUUGAAAAAUUUGAGUUUAUUUCAUUUCCAUACUAUGCCCUAAUUUCUGUGAUGUGGUUACUUCUUGCACUGCAAAACUGAUGAAAUUAGGUUCCAGGUAUAGAAAAUACUAUGUUCUAUAUAUCUUGUAAUAAAAUAACUUAUUCUGUCUUCAGUGUGACUUUAUGUUACAAAUGUUGGUAUGGUCAAAUUUCCAUAAACAACACAAACUCAUAUAUAGAAAAAUAAGUCUUGUUGAGAUAUCCUUUGAAUUAAUCAAAAUUCUGAAGAGUUUAACCUGAUUUAACUUGGUUUAAAGUUUGUUCCUCUUUUAGAACAAGGUCAUUUGUAAUAAACUUUUUAAACCACGCACAUUUUUAAAGUUUCAGUAAGACUUCCAUAAUUGUUUAAAAAAAAGUGUGUUUCAUCUUGUUACUGUUAAUAUGGUGAGUUUUCAUGAAGCUUAUAUCAAGUAAUAUUAAAAUAUAUAA